AUGGUUGCCACGUUAAGAGAGCAAGUCAGAUUCCAUCCCAAGAUCUGCAGCAACGCCAACCCGACCAACACAAACGAAGUAUGUCUCAAGGCCCCGGGCACUACCGACGCAGAAUAUACUGCAGCCAUCGCCCGGGACGAAGAAGCAUACACCGAACCCCACGUCGGUGUAGGCUUCGAAUGGAGCAAGAUCCGCAGCCUAUAUGACGAAGACGAAUCCAACGAGGAAACCCCGGUUGAGGAAACUCCAACCAAGAAGACACCAGCCAAGCCCCGGUCAAUAGAAAGAGCGCUCAAGGCAAGAUUACCUUGCCGGUAA